AUGCAAUCCGCAUCAAAAUUCCUGUCUUGGGAACAAUCAGCAGACCAUUACUGCGAUCUUUGGGCGCAAACACGACCAAUACGGAGAAAAGUCCCCCUCGCUAGCCAACAGCCUAUAUCAGGAACGGCUCAGCAUCUGCUCUCUCUGUGGCCGAUGACCUUCGGCCUCGCUUGUUGUGCAGUCGAAAUGAUGCAUCUAUCAACACCACGUUUCGACCAGGACAGGCUGGGGAUCAUCUUCCGAGCAUCCCCACGACAAGCCGAUAUGGCACCGGCAUUACGUCAGGUCUAUGAUCAAAUGCCGGAGCCCCGCUGGGUUACUAGUAUGGGAAGUUGCGCCAACGGUGGCGGCUAUUAUCACUAUAGCUAUAGUGUGGUUCGCGGGUGCGACCGUGUAGUGCCUGUAGAUAUAUACGUUCCGGGGUGCCAGCCGACGAGCGAGGCGUUGAUAUAUGGGAUUCUACAGCUACAGCGAAAGAUACGACGGACUAAGUCUGCGCGGAUGUGGUACCGGAAGUAA